AUGUCAUCGACGGUAGCCGCCGUUCGCUUUUCCAAGGAAGAGUGCAGAUGCAGCCACCCGUUGUUCAGCUACAAGUACCUUCGGACCCAUCGCGCAGGCAGCAUCAAGCUCCUUCGGUGUUUUCCGCACUGCUGCCCCGACCAUUCGUCCACGUCGUUUUGCGCGACGUCCAUCGAUCUCGUGUGUAGCCAUCAUGGCGCGAGUGGCAUCGAAGGGGGUGUGGCCUUCCUCCGCAUGCAAUCCAGAGGCGACCCCGUGCUCCCAGUCGGCGCCAUCGUGGCCGCCAGCGACGUGCUGAGCGACGUCCGGUCCCACGACAACCUCCGGGGCGACUGGGUGCCGAGUGUGUAUUGUUACUAUAACGAGGCCACACACGAAAUGGUGUACCAGUUCAACCAGGCCACUGGCUUUGGCUGGCAUUAUGGGUGGGUUGGCACAGCCAAGACGUCGCAUCGGUCCACGCAGCACGUGCUGAUCGGCUACCUCUUCCGCCACGUUGCCACGUCAUCGCAGGAACCCAAGUUUUGUGUCGUGGCCAGUACCUCAUCGCCUCCGUUUCUCGUCAUGUCGUACCGCCGGGCGUGUGCGUUUUGCCAGAAACUUCGAACCGUGUCACAGAUUCACUGUACGUGCGAAGGCGACUUGAACCUCCGACGCGCGAAACCCCUCCAUUUCACCCCCCUCGCCGCCCAUCUCCGGUUGCCCGUUGUUUCGCCGUCGCUAGUAGUACUAGCACCAUCUCCAGAGACCAUGGAAGCCCGCCUGCAUGCAGUGUAUACACUUCUGUCUCGCCCGUCCGUCCGUGCUUUUGCCCCAUAUGCAGAGCUCGUCCACCGCCUCCUUCAUACCCAGCUCAAGUCUAUUUUAAGUCUAGAAAAGGACUUGGUCUUAUUCCAUUGGUUCCCACUCCAGCCAGAGCCAGCCCCAUCAGAACCCCCCCUGGCAUCUAUGGCCCCGUUGCUGGAAGGGGUGGUGCUGGGACUGUUUACUGCCAGCCAAUCAAAAUGGAGAGAGGAAGCAGCGGCCAACUUGCUGGACCGGCAGGCGUUGUACCAGGGGUACACUGCGUGGCUCCGUCAUAUGUACGACGCCAUCGGAGGACAUUUGGGUCGAGUGACUUGGGCCGAACUGGUGAACCAAUCACAACAGACCAUUCCAAGUCACUCGUCUGGCUGCUUUGAGUACUUUGUCGCACAGAUGCGCGAAGUGUUCAUGGCAGUCGAGCCUUACCAACUCAAAGAACGCCGUCCAGAUUGCUCUUUGAACCUUGUCUCAGAUCGGUCGUUUCAGGGCAGUUGGAUCUACGACCCUCCCCCUUCCACGGGUUAUUUGCCCCUGAGUCACUCGAUGGUUUGUCCUGGUUUCGACUUGUCCUUGGCCAGUUUAUUGCGCAGUCUCACCAUGAGCUACAGUGUCACACUCACCCUCGGCCCAUCCAGCUUCUAUGUAUGUAGUACACGCCCUUCUGCGAUGAUGUGGUUUACAGUCUCUAUAUAUAUAUAUUGGACGAAUAAUCCUGUAUAUACUGUAUUACCAGAUCUCGUCGCAUCUGUCGUUAUGGCCAGCCAAACCCGCCGAGUUUAUCGUCGACGGGAUGGCUCACAUAUGUCGAGUAUUUCCAAACGGAGAAAGCUCCAUGUCCGACCUCCACGGGUUCGUUCUGGGUGAUUACACGGCCAGUUGCACCCCCCACUCGAUCCGCCUCUGUCUCUUCAGCUGGCCAACCCUCAGCUCCAGCCCCCCCACAGCUAGCUACCGCCUGACUCUCCAUGCGAUUUCCCCCGUCUCCAGUCAAGAUGCGUUGCAAGUGACUGUGCUUUUGACAGCGUCACACGUUCCCAAUCGCCUCCUCCGGUCCCAUAUCGACCUCAUGGACAUGACUGCAUCGGAAAGGAUCGGCUUGUUCGCGUCCACUUGGAUCGACCAAUCAAAUCCACUGGCGGCCUUUGAUAUGCGCUAUCGACGACGUCGACAAGAAGAAGAUGACGAGCAGCAGACCCGUAGCUAAUCAUAAGACUAGGUUGAGUGCAAUUAACUACCUACCCUCC